AUGACUUCAAAAAAACAUUCUGGUGCAUGGUUUGAGAAGGAAAGAAGCAAAAAAAAAAAAUUAGACGAAAAAUUGGCAACCAAUAUGGCCAAUUGGUUGACUAAAAAUCCUUGUGCAGUACUUAAAUCAACAUCAAAAAAUUUAUUAAACCUAGAAGAGGAUAUUGAACAACAAAUUAUUCAGAAAGAUGAACAUUUAUUAGUAAAUACAAAAUAUGUUACUGAUCCUGAAAGUUUGACACUCAUAGAGUCAAAAAAUGCACUAAACCUAGAUGAGAAUAUUGAACAACAAAUUAUUCAGAAAGAUGAACAUAUGUUUGUUAAUACAAAAUGUGUUAGUGACCCUGGAAAUUGGCCAAUCUUAACAGAUAAAAUUCGAACUUAUAUUGUUGAACAGGAACCGUAUCACCUUGACGUAAAUCAUUACUUUCCAUUAAAUGCAGAUGGUAGGCAUUUUGAUGGUAAAUGGUUUUUCAAAUAUUUACCGAAUGGUGAAAAUGUGAGAAGACAGUGGUUGGUCUAUAGGGUUAUUAAAGACGCUCUGUUUUGUUUCCCAUGUUUGCUUUUGAAAAAAAAAAACCAUAAGCGAAAAUCUCCAUUUUGUGACGACGGUUUUUCCGAUUAG